GCCUCUGACUGCGGCGGCGGCGGCGGCUCGCGGGGCUCGGCUCAGCUGGCUCGGCUCGCACGGCGGGGCGAUGUGUGAGUGCCAUGGCGAGGAGUCUCUGUGCGGGGGCCUGGCUCAGGAAACCCUACUACCUCCAGGCUCGCUUUUCAUACAUGCGGAUGAAAUACCUUUUCUUUUCCUGGCUGGCAGUAUUUAUUGGAAGUUGGAUUAUAUAUGGCCAAUAUUCUACUUAUACAGAGCUAUGCAGAGGGCAGGACUGUAAGAAAAUAAUAUGUGAUAAAUACAAGACCGGAGUCAUCGAUGGACCUGCAUGUAGUAGCCUUUGUGCUAAAGAAACUCUUUAUUUUGGAAAAUGUUUAUCUACUAAACCCAACAACCAGAUGUAUUUAGGCGUUUGGGGAAAUCUGCAGGGCGUUGUCAAGUGUCAGAUGGAACAAGCCCCUCACCUUGAUUUCGGGACCGAGUUGGAACCAAGAAAAGAAGUUGUUUUAUUUGAGAAGCCGACUCGGGGAACAACAGUCCAGAAAUUCAAAGAAAUGGUGUAUAGUCUCUUUAAAGCCAAGUUGGGUGACCAAGGAAAUCUUUCGGAGCUGGUCAAUCUCAUCCUCUCAGUGGCCGACGGAAACAAAGAUGGCCGAGUUUCCCUGCCCGAAGCCAAGUCCGCCUGGGCCCUUCUUCAGCUCAAUGAGUUCCUGCUCAUGGUCAUCCUUCAGGACAAAGAGCACACACCAAAGCUAAUGGGCUUCUGUGGAGAUCUCUACAUGAUGGAAAGAGUGGACUACACCUCUCUUUAUGGAAUAAGCCUUCCCUGGGUAAUUGAACUUUUCAUUCCCUCUGGUUUCAGGAGAACCCUGGAUCAACUGUUCACACCCUCAUGGCCUAGGAAGGCUAAAAUAGCCAUAGGACUUCUAGAAUUUGUAGAAGACGUUUUUCACGGUCCCUACGGAAACUUCCUCAUGUGUGACACGAGUGCCAAAAACUUGGGAUAUAAUGAUAAGUAUGAUUUGAAAAUGGUGGACAUGAGAAAAAUCGUGCCAGAAAUGAAUCUCAAAGAGUUAAUUAAAGAUCGUCACUGUGAAUCUGACCUGGACUGUGUUUACGGUGCAGAUUGUAGAACUAGCUGUGACCGGAGCAGGAUGAAGUGCACUUCAGAAGUGAUCCAGCCCAACCUGGCCAAGGCUUGCGCCUUGCUCAAAGACUACCUGCUGCGUGGGGCGCCCGCAGAGAUCCGGGAAGAGCUGGAGAAGCAGCUCCAAUCCUGUGUUGCCCUCACGGUCACAGCGAAUCAGAUGGAAAUGGAGCAUUCUUUGAUAUUAAAUAACCUAAAGACAUUACUGUGGAAGAAAAUUUCUCAUACAAAUGACUCCUAGUCAACGUCAGACAUGGGAAACUUGCCCCUUUAAGUCAUCUUGACCAUUAAAAAGGAGCCCCUUCCCCAUCAAAGUCCCUUUAAACCCCCCUUCCCAGAAAUUCAACAUCCUGUGCCCAAUCCCCUCGCGACCCUUUCCGAAGGUUUAGUGGAGAUCAGAGCCAUGUCUCUAAGCCACUGUCAGCAGAUGAGGGUCUUCUACUUGUAUAGUUUACAAAAUUUUACACAAGUCGCUACUUUUUCUAACAGUCCUGCAAAGGGAUGUGGGGCACAAUGAUUCCCAUUGUAUGUUCAGGAAACUGAGGCCGACUGCUGCUAGUGAGUGGCAGCCAGGAUUCUGAGUCCCAGCUUCAGCUUCUAAGUCCCUGGCCCCUUCAUGGUACCAGAAAAGUUAGGAGAUGUGAAUACAAGAACCUCUGGUCUGUUUCUCAGACACUUACUUGUUCUUCACUCCUAAUGCUGUGAAAAUCCUCAUUACAUGUGAAUACCCAUGUUAAUGACAAUGGUUUUUGCAAGUAAUUCUUUGUUAGCCAAGAGGCCACUGCUGGAAAUGUGGUCAAAUCCAAGCUGCUGUUUUAAAAAUUAAUUUAACUUUCACAUAGUUUACUAAUAUUUCAGCAUGGCAGAAUUUGCACAUUAAUGGGAAAUUUAAAUUGCUAAGCAGAUAAAUUAAAUUCUUUGAUAUAAACAGGUAAUGGGACUUGUUUUUUUACAUUCUUACCUCAUUCAGAUCUUGAACGCUACACUUUUGUUCUAGUAAAUUAUGGAUAUUUCCUCUAGCUCUACAUCAGAACUUUGGGGAAACUGGAAAUUUUUUAAAAAAAACUACCAAUACACAAGUUAUUAGUCUAUUUUUUACAUGAGUAAAUUACAAAGCAUUAGAAAUGGAAUGUUAUAUAAAAGGGCCCAAAUUGAAACUGUCUUAAAAUCCUGCUCUCCCACAAUUCUAAAAGGUCUCUUCCUCACAAGCUCUGGGCAUUCAGCAUUUGCAGUCCGAGUGAGAUGCCUCCAAACCAGGUACUAGAUACAGAAUAUGCAUAGGAAAGUUGUCAUAUUUGACCCCCCCCUCCCAUAUAAGUAAAUGGCCAACUGACCUGAUCAAAACACUUUUAAAAGGUAAAGAACCAGUUGAGGUGCAAAGUCUCGAUUCUACCCAUUUUCUUGUUUGAGCUGUGGCAGACAUGGAAUUAAUCACAAAAUCUUAAUAAGGUCUUCAGGUUAUCAACUGAAAAGUACUAAGGUAUCUUGUGUCCCCAAAUGGCACCCCACACAUCAAGUCUAUGGGUAUGCACACUGAAAGCCUUCCUUCAUCCAUCUUUCUAUGUACUCAGGACAAAAAGAUUAAGCAGCAAAGUAGAUCCCGAGUGCAUCUGACCUGUACAUACUUUGUUCUGGCAUGCAUUUUCAAACCUUGCGCACAAUGACAAUCUUUUUUGAUGUCUCCAUAAAGUACAAUGUUCUACUUUUGGAGGAAGAGCCAAUGUUUG